AUGGACAAGCCACGUCCGCCCUCAGUCUUGGCUCCAUCAGAGAUCGUCCCAGCGAUGAAGAUGAUCAUUUCCAAAUUUCACCAUAUGCAGGAAAAUAUAAUCAAUACAGUCACUCAGUCUUCUGCCUGUUUUGCUAACGUAUUCCAACCAUGGGCAGAGGUCGCAGAUGAGACGCAGGGUCAACUCGGAAUGAUAUGGCUACUUAGCUAUGCUGCACCCGAUCAAGAGACACAUGAUGCAGUGGACGCAGCAGGCAGGCUGUACAAUAAUGCUGUUACCACUUGGACCAGCCGAACAGAUCUCUUUGCACUUUUGCGAGCGGCCGCUGAUAAAGACGAAAAAUUGGAUCCAGAAUCAAGGCUUUGGAUCCAGUCAAAGCUACGCGAUUUUAUUUCUGCUGGCCAUGGCUUGGCCGAUGAGAGGAGCAUCAAGCAAUAUCUGAGCAAAAGAUCUGUGAUUGACCAAUUACGAAAGCAGUAUAAUAAUAACUUGAGAAACAAUAGCGCUGGCUUGUGGAUUGACGAAGCGGAUCUGAUCGGCGUCUCAGAAUCUGAUAUAAAGAGCUGGACCGUGGGGAGUGAUGAAAACGAAGGCAAGCGAUUUGUUCCUUUUGCAAACGGUGGCUAUAAAACAAUCAUAGCUCGAGCCCAUAAAGCAGAAACGCGCAAAAAAAUGUAUUUGGCAGAGGAGGCAAAAGUUCCAGCCAACGUGGACAUUCUUCGAAGCAUCAUUAGCAUGCGAGAUUCUCAAGCGAGGCUGCUGGGAUAUGACAAUCAUGGGUCUUUCCGUAUCCAGAAUCGUGCCAUCAAAUCAAUAGAAUAUGUGCAGAAAUUUCUCGAACAACUGAAGCGAUCGCUAGUCCCACAUGGAAGAGAGGAACUACAGGCUUUGCGGCAAGUCCGUGAUGAGCAUCGUCUUCUGAUGGAGAACGAUGCAAAUGACGAUGGUUUCACCGACAAUGAUCGGUUCUAUCCCUGGGACCUUGAAUACUACAAGCACAUUCACAGCUUGCGGUCGUCAAUUGACGACACAGAAAUAUCGCAGUUCUUUCCCUUGGAGCACACUGUUUUAGCAAUGUUGCGGCUUUUUGAGUCCUUUCUUAGUCUCAAAUUCACACAGAUUCCCUCAGAUCUCUUAGAUCCAGCUUGCAUAUGGCACGAAGAUGUCCAAGUUUGGGAAGCCUGGGAUGAUAAAGAAAGUAGGUUUAUUGGAUUCCUCUAUCUCGAUAUCCUGUGGCGCGAAAAAAAGUACAAGGGUUCGCAAAAUGUUAAUAUUGAAAGUGGAUAUUUGAAACCAGACGGAACUCGAAACUUCCCGGCUACGGUGCUUAUGUGUAGCUUUCCACGCUCAAAUGAGUCCAAUUGCGUGCUACUAAAACACCAAGAGGUGGUAACAUUAUUUCAUGAACUCGGCCACGGAAUGCACGACCUAAUCUCUCGUACAAAAUUCUCACGAUUUCAUGGCACUCAACUUCCCGUGGAUUUCGGAGAGAUGCCAAGUACAUUAUUGGAGAAUUGGUGCUGGGAUCGCGAGAUUUUGAAGUAUCUCAGCUGCCAUUAUACGCUUCUCGACGAACAGUACCUAUCUGAGUGGCAUGAAAAGUAUCCUGAAGCACCAGAUCCACCUGCUCAGAUACCAGAUGAUCUAGUUGAAUCAAUCGUCAAGUCCAGAAAAACACAUCGUGGUCUCAGGCUGUUGCACAUUCUGGUUGUUUCACUUUUUGAUCUCAAAAUCCACACUCCUCAAACGCACGAAGAGAUAGAACAAGUCGACUUGGGAAAGCUCUGGUAUGACCUGCGAGAAGAGAUCGAAGGCUUAGAUAUGAUUUGUUCACGGGCCAUUGGCCAUGAACACGCGACAUUCGGCCACCUCGUGAGCGGAUAUGAUAUGGGAUACUAUGGCUAUCUAAGCUGCCUAGCAUACGCCCAAGAUGUUUUUCAAGAAAACUUUGCAAAAGAUCUACACAGCCGAGACGCAUGGGAUCGUUUCCGUUACGGAGUUUUGGAAUACGGGGGAAGUCAUUCAGAUCAGCUCCAAAUGCUUCAAGAGUAUUUAGGACGAGAGCCAAACUAUAGCGCUUUACAAGAAAGCUUAUUGCUAUGA